AUGGGCCAAGCACCGUCCACUGGCCAUGGUUAUUCUCCUGGCAAUUCAGCGCAUCUGCGUAAUCCAAGCCUUUCCCUUCACCACCAUCGGUCCACCGUCAAUGAUUUGAAUCUAAACUCACAGUUUCCGGAGGAUAUUUUUGUAAAUCAACAAGAAGAUUAUAUUUCUGAGUUACCUGAUGAAUGCUUAGCUUUAAUCUUUCAAUCUUUAAGCUCCCGCGACAGGAAUCAAUGUUCUUUGGUCUGUCAUCGGUGGUUCAUCGUGGAGGGUCAGAGCCGCCACCGCCUGGCUCUUAACGCCACCGAGGAGGUCAACGUGCACCUUCCCGGUAUCUUCACGCGGUUCGAUUCUAUAACAAAGCUAGCGCUCCGCUGUGACCGCAAAUCCGUUAGUGUAAAUGACGAAGCUUUGACGUUGAUCUCCAUGCGGUGCCAAAAUCUCACCCGCCUCAAGCUCCGUGCCUGUCGCGAGAUCUCAGAGCAAGGAAUGUAUGCUUUGGGUCAGAAUUGCAAAUCUCUCCGCAAAUUCUCCUGUGGAUCAUGUAUGUUUGGUGCUAAAGGCAUGAAUGCUCUUUUAAACAAUUGCUCAUCCUUGGAAGAACUUUCCGUUAAGCGUUUACGGGCCGCCAAAAAUGACUCUGGAGCUGAGCCGAUUGGCCCUGGGGCCGCGGCUUCCUCGCUCAAGUCAAUUACCCUUAAGGAGAUUUAUAGCGGACAAUGUUUUGGGCCCUUGAUUAUUGGCUCCAAAAACUUGAAAUCUUUGAAGAUUCUCAGGUGUUCGGGGGACUGGGAUAGGUUGUUGGAGACUAUUGCAGGGAGAAAAAAUUGUUUAACAGAGAUUCAUUUGGAGAGGCUGCAGGUGAGUGAUAUUGGGCUAAUGGCAAUAUCGAAGAGCCCAGACUUGGAGAUCUUUCACUUGGUGAAAGCUCCGGAUUGCUCAAAUGAGGGGAUUUGUGCAGUAGCUGAGAAUUGCAAGCUUUUGAGGAAGCUCCAUAUUGAUGGGUGGAGGACGAAUAGGAUAGGCGACGAGGGUUUGAUUGCUAUAGCAAAGAAUAGUGUGAAUCUCGUGGAAUUGGUUCUUAUUGGGGUAAACCCGAGUUCUGUGAGUUUGAUGGCAAUAGCCACAAAUUGUCAGAAGUUGGAGAGGUUGGCACUUUGUGCGAGUGAAACAAUUGGGGAUCAUGAGAUUUCAUGUAUUGCGGCAAAAUGUAUGGCAUUGAAGAAGCUUUGUAUAAAGGGGUGUCGUGUGACAGAUUCAGGGAUUGAGGCAUUCGCUUUUGGGUGCCCCAAUUUGGUGAAGAUAAAGGUAAAGAAGUGCAGGGGAGUAACUAGUGAAGUUGCGGAUUGGUUGAGGGCAAGGAGGAUGUCAUUGGCUGUGAAUUUGGACGCAGAUGAGAUUGAACCAGAGGCCAUGGAAGUGAGUGUCAGCGAUGAAGGAGCACAGGAUGAUAGAGUGGAAUUCCCCCCAAUCGUGAGUGGAAAUAUAAUUGGUGGAGGUGGAAAUGUUUCUGCAGCUAAUGCUGCUGCUCCAUCAACUAGUAAUGGAACUCGAUCCUCAAAUAAGUCAAGAUUUAGCCUCUUUGCUGGAAGGACUUUUGUAGCAUGUGCUUUUCGGAGGAUAUCAAAUGGUAAUGGUAGUUCAAAUGAUAGCUUAUAG